GUCAGAGAUCAAAGGUGAAACGGAGCAGCAGAAAUCCUCCGAGUUUAGAGGAAAGUGUCGUAUUUUAGUGUUUUUCUGUAGCUGGAAGCUCCACAGCAGAGAUGUGGGAUGUGGAUUAAACAGUGUGGAAGAGCUCAGUCAGCACUGAAUCCAUCAGAGAGCGACAGAAACUCCUCCGUUUGCUCCGAGAUCUCUGAUGGUCUGCUGCCAGUUGCUGUGAUUCUCCAUCCUUUGGGUGCUGAUGUGCCCUUUGCUUUGACUCCCAGGCAGCCGUCCAGGUAAUAAACUACAAACCAGAUGUUGUCAGAAGUCAGCGGGUGAAGCGGACGGACAUCCCGUUGUCAAGAACAAAAGAAAGAACAAGAUGAUUCACAACAUGAAGAAGAGGUAUGAGGAGGAAACUAGAAGGUAAGAUAUUAAUGAAUUCAGACAGAAGUACUGAAGAAGUGAUCUGGAGCUGAAUAACAACUGUUCUAACCUGUUUAAAACGACUCAAAAUCACUUAAAACUUGUUCAAAAUGAUUAUUAAAAAAAAGUCCAAAAUCAGAUAAAGUCUGUCCUCAGUGACUUGAAACCUGCCUGGAAGGACUCAGAACUGUUCAAAAUGACAAUAAUUGAUAAUUAUUGGCCGUUUAAAAUGGGAAAAACCUGCAAAGGUUUGACCAGAUUUUGUGUCCGAAAUCAGAUAAAGGUUCCAGUUUUUAGAUAUUUAGAUUUGAACUCUGUUUAAGAUGAUUCCAAACUAAAAGAAAUAAACCCAAAUUCUCCAGAAUUAUGUGAAAUCUGAUGAGAAAUAUGUCAAAAAUAAGAUAAAAAGCUGACUUGAAACUUGGUCAGAAUGACUCAAAAUUACCAAAAAGGACUCCAAAUUUAUCCGAGAUUAGUCAAAAUUGCAUAAAACUUGUUAAAAAUGAUAAAAAUGUGUCCAAAAUUUGAUAAAAACUGACCUAAAAUUGGUCAGAAUGACUCAAUGUGUCCAAAAUAACAAUAAAUUAGUCAUUAAUUUAAAUCAGCUGUUGUUCUACAGAUAUUAGUUGCUGUUUUCACUUUUUUACAGUAUUUUCUGUGUUUUGAACAGAUUCUGCUGCAGAUUUACGUGUUUUUCUUUCAGUUUCCAUCCUGAAGGUGAACACGUCCAGAUGUUGUGAAGCCUCCAGAUGUUUUUAUGGAGGCUUUUACGGUCCACCACAUGUGGGUCGGGAGGCCCCGCAUACCUGACAGGCGUCUGCACGUCUGCCGGCGUAAAUUAGAGGAAGACGUUUAAAAAGGAAGCCGUCCUGCUGCAGAGACAGACGGCAGGAUGGUUCCUCUGAGGCUGCUCGCCUUCAGCUUGCUGGCUGCAGCCUGGUAUCUGACACCAGCUACUGACGGAGACGUGAUCUACGCCUGCCUCAAUGAAACUGCUGAGAUGUCCUGUGAUGUUGGCAGUAAGAUAAACCUGGACCACAUCCUCUAUAAGGUGGGCGUGGGGACGAGGUGUGGGGAGGGAAAACGCCACCCGGACGACGGACCCGACACCUUCUGCUCCUUCCCCUGGGCCGAGAUGGUGGUGGAGGACCUCUGUGGCAGCAGGAGGUCCUGUAAGGUUCCCGUCACUGAGCGGGUCUUUGGAGAAUAUCCCUGUCAGGAGGAGACCAGGUACCUGGAGGUGUCCUACACCUGUGUUAAACCUCCUACCCCUCCUCCUCCACCUCCUCCACCCAAACCUGAAUGUGAAGAAAACCCAGCAGCUGAAGCCUGAAGAUCAACGUUCAGCUCCUCAGACUUUAUUCUGUAAAAAAAAACCUGAAUCAAUAAAAGUUUUCCUCUUUUGUCGUUCA